AUGAGAAAAUUAUUAAAAAAAAAUUGUAAUGAAGUGGAUGGAAAAGCAAUUGUUGCUUCUUUAUUAGACAGAAUUAAUGGUUCACUGAUGAAUCUAGUCAGACUUUACAAAGUCGUUUUUCUUCUGUUUCUUUUAUUUGAUUUAAAAUUAAAAAGGAAACUGGAACACGUGAGUAUGAUCAAUGAAAUGGUCAUUUUAAAUGAAACAUCAAAAUUGCUAAUUGCUUCAGAACAUUUUCAGGCGGAACUUAAUGUCUACGUCAAUGAUUUCAUUUUAAUUGUUUUCAAUCACAUUGCUACAGCUAACUUUCUUAUUCAUUCAGAUAUUAAAUUGAAAGAUUGA